AUGCUGCCGCUCGGCGGCGCGGUGCGCAAGGCGUGGGGCAAGUCGGACUACGGCUUCCCUUGCUGCUGGGGGACGCUGUCUGAGUCUUUCGCCAAGCUCGGCGACUCCAUCUUCUUCGGCGCGCGCCGCAAGCGGCCGAGAUUCGCCGAGAUGUGCCGACGUGCGCCCGACGGUUCUGCGCUCUACGUCUCGCAGUUCAUGUCCGCGUCCGUCUCGUGGCGCGGCGUCACGCUCACGCAGACCGCGGCCUUCCCCGACCACCCCGCCACCACCUCCACCCUCCGGCUUCGCGUGCCUCCCGGCGCCGCGUCGCGAUUCUCGCUUCGGGUGCGCGUGCCCGGCUGGCUCGUAGACGGCUCAGGAGCGGUGACGGUCAACGGGGAGCCGGUCGGCGCGCGGCUCUCGCCCUCCACCUUCCUCUCCCUCGACCGCGUCUGGGCGGACGGCGAUGAGGUCGUCCUCGCGUACCCGAUGCGGCUGCAGGCCGAGCGGCUCAACGACCACCACCCGGAGCACAACGCGACCUUCGCCUUUUUGUACGGCCCGCUCGUGCUCGCCGGCGUGCACCUCACCUCCGACAUCUUUGUGCCGCGCGGUGGGCAGGCCUACCGCACCGACCCGUCCGCCUUCCUCCGCCGAAACGCGACCGACUCGCUCGAGUUUGAGGCCGUCGCGGCCGGCGGCGCAAAGGCGAAGCUGAUCCCGCUCUACCGCGUGGUGGACGAGACGUACGUGGCCUACUUCAUGACGGCGGGGACAAAGCCGCCGCAGCCAAAGGUCGUCUACUGCCCCCACUCCGCCGGCGCGACCGCCCAGUACGAGCCGGCCGUCGACGACGGCGACGCGCUGCUCGUCUCGCGAGGCCCGCCGUCGGCGCCGGCGCGCGAGCAGCACGUCAUCACUUCGCGCGGCGUGCACUGGCGGCUGCGAGACGGAGAGCUCCGCGCCGAGCCGGCGGAUGAGGCGCCGGCGCCGGCGCAAGCGAGGCCAGUUGCCACUUGAGGGCGCUGACCAGGUGUUGCGUGCGGCGGGCCUGGAGGCAAGUAGCGUGUGCGCCUGACACUGCUCUGGCCACCACAAGGAACCCAUGACGUUUGACGGCUGCGUUUAAGUCGUCUUGUGAAGUCGUUCUCUCGCAAUGUGAACAGCGUUAAUUAUGUGUGUGUGUGUUGCCUGUGCGGUUAGCGGAGUCUUCUUUAGAGGGCCCACAGCGUCCUAAACCUAAUCUAAAAUC